UGGGAUGUGGAGAAACAAUGAAGCACCAAUCACGAAGCAGGGAGCCAGCGGUGAGUUUUCCUAUUGGACCAAACCUCCGUCAAUGACCACAGUCGAGCCCGGAGAAGCAGUGGUGAGCGUUGGCUGGCUGCGGCACAGAGAUGAGAAGAAAUGUUUGCCACUUGAAGGGAAAACAGCAUCUGGAGAGGCCAGGUGAUGAAUAGCCAGAGAUCCUCCUCUGCAGCCUGAACCCACUCACUCAGUCUGGGGGCUGACUACUUACUCGGAGUGCUUAAGUAAUUAAAAUGUCACCCAUCAUGGAGGGCACACACACUAUCUUGCUCCUGUAUGCACCCAUCCCUGAGCUAAGUAACACCAGCCUGUAUUUUCCCAAGAGGUGCGCCCCAAGCUUCAAAUACAAGAGCCGCGCUUCUCACUCAGCAAAGGCCAGUAAUGACCAUGACUGGGGGAAGCAGGAUCUCACCAUGUCCGAACAAAGAAACCAGACUUCUGACUCCUCAGGUAAACAACUCAUCUCCCAGCAGGCAACAAAGAAAGCUGCUGCAAAGCUCUGCUGGCUGGCAAUGGAGCACCACCAGUUGCUGGCAGAUCUCUUAUCACUGUGUGAGGAUUGCGCCAACAAGGUCAGGAUGGGUAACUGGGAUGGGAAACUCCAGGAUUACAUUCUCAUUGGAAGUCAUGUUCUCAGCAGCAGAAACUGUCCUUUCUCAAGGUCUCCAGAGCAUAAGAGAGCUAUAUCCAAGAGCAAGAAAAUGAAACAGUUGGGAAGCAGGAAGCUUUUCGGUGUUGAGGAUUUUCUACCUGGCAAAAUUAAAAAGACUGUUAGGGAUGGAGCUUCAUAUAUUGAGCUUCCUGUUCAGAACAGUGUGUCUGCAUGUGCAGCCCCAGUAGCGACACAAAUCCCAGGUACCCCGACCUCUGUCCAUGUCUCUGACAAUCCAAUGGCUGGCUCUUAUGUCAGCGAAAUUGCUAAUCCUGUCCUGCCAAUGGAGGAACCCUUCCAGAUUGCUUGUGAAAGCUUGGACUUCACUGUGGACAACCAGAACUUUGACCCUGACAUGGAUUUUUAUAAUGACUUCUCAGAGUAUGAUGGUGAGCUGGGUUACCAGUCAUCUUCUUGCAGCCUGAUGGAGGGUCUAACCCGCCGGGAAAGUGGGAGUAAUCUUCGACCAAUAAAAAGGUUUGAUUCUCCGACUGAGACAUUAUCUGAGACUGCAUUAGCAGUCAAGACGGCCCAGGACAUGUACAAUGAAAUCAACCAGAGGUAUAUCGGAGUAAGGGUGGUGGCCAAAGUGCAGGAUGUGGAAGGGAGAGUGCAACAUGUUGGCCAUACAAGCUCAGAUAGAUCAGGGCCUACCAUGCCACAUCCAGGGACUAGCAGCUGCCAGCAGGGAUAUGGAGAGUUGAUAAGCCCAAAUAGAGACCAGCUGCUGGGAAUCAGUGGAGAAAAGACAAGUAACAAGCUGUCUGAGGGGCUACAGCUGCCCUUGUUCAACACUAUCAGUCCUUCACCCCCAGCCAGGUCCCACACAAAGAGCCCCUCUUCACCUUCUCUCGCUGGGGUCUUCAAUGCAUCUUUCCCCUCCUCAAACAGCCUCCAGAGUAUGUCUCCAGUCCUGUCCCCUCUGUUCUCCAAGCAGGAAAGCCCGCAGCUCAACCACCGCAUUGUAUUGCUGUCAGACAAUGAUGUAGCUCCUGAUCGAGACAGCUCCAGUAACACAGAUGAGCCCAGAAUCUUCACUGAGGUCAUCAACAAGAACGGAAACAAGCGUACCGUAACACGUCUAGACCUGAACCUCAGCAGGUGGCCAAGCAACUCCAAGUGGAAUUCCUCCGGUAACUCAACAACUACAGAAGACUCCCUCUUGCGUCAGGAUGAUAUUUGGAUGCUGGAUGGCGAUGACCCUCGAGAACCCCUUUCCCGUGUUCCACACCCUGAUCACCUGGACUUCCUACGCAUCACACCACCUGAGGAUGACCUCAUCGGGGACACACCCUACUAUCCCAAACUGGAUUGCACGACAGAAGUCACGUCUCCUGCAGACAGUGAGGACCGGACCCCAGGGCGUCUGCAAGCUGUGUGGCCCCCACCCAGAUCUAAAAAUGAGGAAGAGAAGGUGGGGCUCAAGUACACAGAGGCAGAGCACCAGGCUGCCCUUUUUCAGCUGAAGAGAGAGUGCAAGGAAGAGCUGGAGAAAAUGCAUGCCAACUAUGAGCUUAAGGUUUUCCAACUGCGUGGUGAGCAUGCUGGCUCAGUAUCAAAACUGGAAGAAAUCAUUGCUAAUAUGCAAAGAGACAAGUCAUAUAAUAAUACAUGUAAAGAGCACAGAGCGGUCCGCGAUGCUGCUGUAUCCAAUGCAGCCGACCGCGCACUAUCUGGAGUUGUCCCCCCUCCUCCCCCCCCUCCUCCAGGCUUUGGCCCCCUACCUCCACCCCCUCCAGGGGGCUUCAGCCUCAUCCAGAAGGUGGAAAAGCCCCCCCGGAAGCCUUCCAUUGAGCCAGCCUGUCCCAUGAAGCCUCUGUACUGGACAAGGAUACAGAUACAGGACAAUAACAACAACACACUGUGGGGUUCUCUGGAGGAGCCAAACAUCAGCACUGAUGAGUUUGAGGAACUUUUCUCCAAGGCCACGCUACAGCCAAAGAAGAAGACCCUGUCUGACACCUUUGAGAAGAAAGCCAAAACUAAAAAGGUUAUCAAGCUGCUGGAAGGGAAGCGUUCACAAGCAGUUGGCAUCCUCAUAUCAAGCCUGCAUUUGGAGAUGAAGGACAUUCAACAAGCUGUUCUUACUGUGGACAACACUGUAGUGGAUUUGGAAUCCAUUGAGGCGUUAUAUGAAAAUAGAGCCACCAGUGAUGAGAUGGACAAGAUAAUGAGACAUUAUGAAAAGUCUAAAGAAGAUGAAAUCAAACUGCUGGACAAACCUGAACAGUUUCUCUAUGAGCUCUCCCAGAUUCCUGACUUUGCGAGCCGGGCCCACUGCAUGAUCUUUCAGUCAGUAUUUGUUGACACCAUCUCCUCCAUCCAUCGCAAGGUGCAGACUAUGUCUACUGUCUGCAAAGAACUGCUGGAGUGUACCAGUUUGCGGGAUGUGAUGGGUCUUGUUCUGGCUUUUGGAAACUAUAUGAAUGGAGGGAACAGGACUAGAGGUCAGGCUGAUGGUUUUGGACUAGAAAUCCUCCCCAAACUAAAGGAUGUCAAGAGCAGGGACAGUCAUUUCAGCCUGGUGGAGUAUGUGGUUUUAUACUACCUGCGUAAUUUUGACAAGCAUGCUGGCACAGAAAAGAGUGUGUUCCCUCUUCCGGAGCCUCAAGUUUUCUUCGAAGCCUCUCAGGUUAAAUUUGAAGACCUCACCAAAGACAUUAGGAAGCUGAAGAAAGACCUGACUGCUUGUGAGAAAGAAGUGCAGCAGGUGUGUGUCAACUCAUCAGAGGAACAUCUGCAGCCGUUCAAGGAGAAGAUGGAGGGAUUUAUCUCUGCUGCUCAGAUGGAGCAUUCAGCUGAAGAGGAUCAGCUCAAUGCAGCACAGAAAAGUUUCCAGGACAUGGUGAACUAUUAUGGGAUUAAACCAAAGCCCGGGGAGAAAGAAGUGACCCCGAGUUACGUCUUUAUCCUUUGGUAUGAGUUCUGCAGUGACUUCAAGAACGCCUGGAUACGACAAAGCAAGAACAUCUCCAAGGAGAGGUUGAAGGAAGCUGAGGAAAACAUCAAGAAGAUCACAGCGGAGAAGAGAGUCGAAACCAAGAAGAUCAAUGCCAACAGUCUGAAAGAGAGGCUGCGACAGAAGGAAGCCGGCGUGUCCUCCAACUGAAAUUACAGGUGACCAUAGCAGAAAAAAUGAGAAGUGGUCAUAAGAAAGUUGGAAAUCUCAGAUGAGAAGGUGCACAGGCCUCACCAUCCCUCUGUGGCCUGUACACAGUCACACUACUACUGCUUCCUCUGGCAUUUCUCAGUCCUAUUAACAGCCCUGGACACCCCCACUCCUCCACAUUCACUCUCAUGUCGAGGCUCUUUGGCACACCCCUUGCAUGGAGGGCCACAGGUCGACCUCAUUCAGCCCGCAUGGCGUGACCUCAGAGUGCCCAGUUUGUGAAAGGUCUCAGUGGGACAGUGGCAUUCACAGCAGUGCCAGCUGCCACAUCCAUGAGGUUCCUCCUGGAUCUAUCCCUGACCUAUAGCCGUUACAGUACAUACAUGUUCAAAGUCUUAGGAUGUUGUUGUUGUUCCUGUCCAAUUCUGCUCACAGAAAACACCCUGUGGAUGAAAGAUGUCUGGAAAGCAGUUCCUAGUGUCCUUUGCUGUAAUGGAUAGUUUUUCAUUCGCCAUGGCUCAUUAAACGGCUUGUAUAUACAGUAUGUUCUGUUAUGGAACUGGUUGGGAUCUUACAGCUUUAAGGAGUAGUGGAGAUGAGAAGGUUUCUCUGUAUUGUGUUUUUGCAUUGCAACAGAAUGACCUCUCUUGAAUUACAGCCAGAGAAGAGCACACACUGACAGCAAGCUUCCAUCCCCCUCACACACACACACACACACAAGCAUCAGAAGACCACAGCAGAUUUUAUCCAUGCACCCACUCACCCGAGAAAUAUACCUGUUAAUGCCUCAUCCAGUGCUGUGUCACAUUGUGUCCAGCACAAUUUUAAGGACUUUCCUGCUUGCAGUAGCUGUAUGUUGUAGCUCACAAUAAGCCACACUCCCUUGCUACCUGCAUGCAUAUCUUCAGAAGUCUAAUACUUUGUUUUGCACCUCUUUUUCUAUGCAAAGGGCUGGUCUUAUUACUAUAAGAUUUAUUAACCAUAUUACUUCAUGAUUUUGUUUUUAUGUUGGAAAACGUGUAUUAAGUGCUGUGUUUUAUUUUCAAAAACAUAACUAAGCUCCUUUGUCAUUGAAUUAGAGUAUAUUUAUAGAAGAUAAGAUUUAUUUUAAGGCAAGAAAAAAGCUUUGUUUCCUUUCAGGCUGUAUUUUUAUGAGAUGUAAUUGUUUGCCUGAAAGGUGAGUCAGAUGAAAGAUAUUUUCACAUGGAUGCUAUAUAUAUGUGUUGUGCCUUCUGAUUUACAUUGUACUCAGUGAUAUGUGGAAAUGGAGUAAUUUGGAUAGAAUAAAAACAGCUGCCUUUUCCUUCUAAUUUUGGGGCGAUGAAAGUUGUUUUGGGCAUGGAGAACAUUUACAGUAAGCGGAUCAUACCUCAGACAGAUUUCUGUUAUCAGUGUGUCCAUAAAACUGCACUUUGAACUAGGGACUUAAAAAUUUCAGAAGAAAUUUUAGGUGUGCAAGCUCCAACCACCACCACCGCCUCUUCUCGUGCUACCCACCCACACGCUGCCGUCGCUGAGCUGCUGAUCGGACGUGCAGAACACAGCAGUACAAGGUUUUGUAUGCUAAAAUAUCACAUAGAGAAUGAUGUGGGAUUUGGCUGAAUCAGGACAUAAGACAACACAAUACAUAAAGGUCCUAGACCAGAGCAAGUGACAGAGAAGAACAAAGACAGUGAUAACAGAAAGAGAUGGACAGAGACAUGGAGUGACAGUGUGUGUGUCUGUGUGACAGACACAGGGAGACAGGAUGGAGGCACGUUAUUUUCCUCCAAAAGUAAAAGUCAUA